AUGACUUCGAGCACAGGAUCUAAAGUAACAAGCAGCGUUCAACCAUUACCUUCCAUUAAACUUGACACUCCUCAGCAAAAGUACUGUUAUGCCUACGAGACACUUUGUAAUAUGUCAAAAGCUGUAGCGAACGUCCUGGCAAAUUGCAGCACUCAGGAAUUAAUGGAAAAGCUAGCUUCAUGUGAGGCUUUUUUCAGAAAUUUGAACACAUUCACACAAAAUCAAGUUCCUGUAACAUUGCAAACAAAAAUUAACCAAACACAGCCUACCGUUCAAGCGAGCCCUGCUAAUGUAGUAGGCAAAACAGUGAAUACAAAGCUUAUUAUUCCUGUGGUUAAGGCGAGAAGAGGGCGCCCUAAAAAGGUAAAAGCUGUCAAGCGUGUGUUCCAACCACAGCAGAGCAGAAUAACCCUUGCUACUAUCAAAGCUGACAUGUUGCAAAUUUACAAAAGUUAUUCACUUACUGAAGACGACUUAAAUGCUCUGAUGCGAGGUGGCUCACUGUCGGAUAGUGUAAUUAACAUCGCCCAGUAUCUAACAAAAAGAAAGUUUCCCAAUGUGCAAGGUUUCCAAGAUGUUCUAUUAGGCCAAAGGCUACGUUUCUCUCAGGUCACUGGUAUGUUUGUUCAAAUUUUGCAUGUUCGGAAUCCAGAUCAUUGGCUUACAGUUACCAACAUAGGCGCUUCUCAAGAUGAAAUCUUUGUCUAUGAUUCCAUAGAUCAAGACACUUCUCCUGAUGCCAUUAAACAGGUUUGUCAUAUUUUAAAAUCGCCAUCUCCAAAUAAAACUUUCUUGACGAAACCGGCACAGAAUCAGGGCACCACACUUGACUGCGGUUUGUUUGCCAUAGCUAAUAUGUAUUACAUAGCAUCAGGAAAAGACCCAUCACAAUUAAAUAUUAAUCAGUCCAUGUUACGGAGCCACUUGCUUAAAUGUCUACAAAAAGGAACCAUAGAUGAUUUUCCAGUAACGAAUACCUUAACUGUUCAUGUGCGACAAAGAAAUACCACAUACAAUUUGCAUUGUCUCUGCAGGCAGCCAGCAGACACAACAGUAGGCAAAACUAUAAACUGUGGAGCAUGUUCUAAAAUUUACCAUGUACAUUGUCUUGGAAAAUGGGCAGAAAAUUUGAAUGGGAAAGUAGCUCUAUGUUCCAAGGCAUGCCUAGAUAUUGUAAAAGAAAAAAUGAGAGCUAAAGCAGUAUAA